AUGCUUACUCCCUUCAACACAGCAUACUAUUUAACCAUUUCAGAAAGACCCUAUAGCGACACUGAGGAUGUUAUCACACUGAACGAGAUGAAUGGUAUGAUCCGCAGUUCCAAACUUUGCAACGAACAUGCCAUGGCAACCCUGAUAGAUUCCAUUGCUGAUGACCUUGAAGAAAAUCUGAUAGCGGAGUUGAAGAAAAUACACACUAUUUCCCGUUCUUAACAGAUGGCAGUACUGACCAAGGUAUUGCUGAGCAAGAAGCACUGUAUCUCCUUUUUAUCUCAAGUGAGGGUAAUUAGUUAUAAUAUAAUAAAACAUUUCUUGAAAUGUCUAUUCAUUGUUUUGAUCAUUCAAUUGAUUUUGAGUUGACAGGCAUUCUGGAAAUACUAUUCUUGACAGUUGAAUCUCCAAGUGAAACGAGUGCAGACGGCCUGAAAAAGAUGAUGGAAGAUUGCUUUCCUGAUUUUGACAUCGAAAACUUCUCCAAACAGCUGGCGUCGCUAAACGUGGAUGGGGUGUCAGUGAAUAUGGGUAGUAUAAACGGAAUUGGCGUCAAACUUCGCUACGAUUCACCUUGGCUACUAAUUAUUCAUUGUUUCAACCAUCGUCUAGAACUGGCAGUUAAAGAUGCUUUUAAAGGAACAG